ACAUGACCAUUUAGAGUCAGAACUCUAUAGGUUAUCCAUGACAAGACGUUAAAAAGUAUUAGAAAAAGACUAAAUUUGGCGCGCGCGUUUGACUCGCUCGUUUUUGAGAAUCGCUUGGCUCGGGUAGCCUAUAAGAGUUGUUGAAAAAGAACCGAUUCUUUGUGCGAGUCGCCUGUUAUAUUGUCUGAGGACGAGGAAGUGUGGGGUGAGAAUAUUCAGCAGCACAGGUCUGACAACUCACACAACCAGAACGUGAUUUUUUCAGCUGCUGUCGUUUCAGGGAAAAAGGUUUGAGCUGUGAAUCUGUGGCACUCUUUCACAGUUUCGCAGCUGAGGCUGCAACAGUCUGAGUGCGCGAGCUCACUCCGGAAAAACAGCACAAGUGAGCGCGCUCAUUCUCACCAUCUGCACUCGCGCUUACAAAAAAAAAGGUCUGCGAAGGGUCUGUGCGCUCGGGACCAAACAAAAACCAAAAUGUGCACGCACAACGCGUCUGCAGUGACGGUGUGGAAAACUGCGGGAUGGUGAAAUUGCAGCAGCAGCAGCAGCAGUAGCAGCAGCCGUGCGUGACAAUGCAUCGGAUAGGGCAGAGGAGGCGUGCUGGGCCGCUCCGUUCCGCGUGGUCGCUGCUCGGUGCCGUGGCGCUCGCGCUCGCCGCCUCCAGCGCCGUGUUUACCGCAUGGACGUGGCGACAAACCCGAGACCUGACCAGGUCCGUCCAAAAUCUGCGCGACCGCUUGGAUCAGGUAAAUUUGCAGCGCAAGGCUAUUGUCCAGCUUUUCCUGGAGAAGAAGGAGCUGCUGGAGAGCCUGCGAGUGAAGAGAGAAGCUGGAGGGACAAAAAGAAAAAAUGGAAAUGGAAAGAAGGUGGCCUCUCACUUCGAGAUUGGAGGGACAAAAGGAAAAAAUGGAAAUGGAAGGAAGGUGGCCUCUCACUUCGAGAUAACCAAAGAUUCCUUCAAAACAGUGGGGACUGAGGGAAUCAUUAAAGGAUGGACUGAACAAUACCUGAAUAUGAGCCAAGCCGUGGAGUAUAACACAGAGACAGGCACAUUUAAAGUAGUCCGAAGAGGCGUAUACUUUCUUUACUGUCAAGUGCAUUUCAGUGAGCAAGAGAGUCAGUAUGUGAAGCUGGAAGUGACUGUCCCACAGGGCCCCUCACUUCAGUGCAUGGAGGGAUACAGCACCACUCCAACCACAGGUUUUAAACAGUUCCACUUCCUGAAGCCGUGCCAAGUUUCUGGUCUCCUUCUCUUAGAGAAAGGCGCCGAGCUCAAGACUAAGACCGGAAGUCAAUUCACCCUGAAGGACUCAGGCAAACAUUAUUUCGGCCUCUUCAAGGUGAACUAGUGGAUACAGCCACACAGUUCAGCCUCGCUGACUGCAUCAUUAUUCGGAGGUCUACCACAGUCGAUACUCACUGGCUGGAUGAACCAUCUUUUUUUUUGUUAAAGAAUUUAAACAUCUGUCUUUUUUUUUUUCUUUUUUUUUAAUCUGACACAUUUGAUAGGGUCCAUGCAGUCAUGGAGAACGGCUGUGACUGAGACGAUGAUGUUUCCAGAGGCACCUGGGAGUAAUAUAAAUGACUGUACACAUACUGGUGUCCUAAAUAUGGUACUAAUCAGGAUGGUAAAGUCUAGGAGACCAUGACUGCUGGACAGUUACAGUGGAUCUUUUUUUUUGGAUUGCCUUGGUUUGGACUUAAGUGCAUAAACACUGACUUCACCUACUGUGCUUAAACACUGACUUGUAGGCUGAUAAGGACCUUGGUCUAGACAAAUGGCUCCCUUCCCUAUACAGUGGCAUCGGCAGGUUGAACAGAAGGUACAGUUUUGGUGGGGUUAACAAGGCGGACAUUACAGGGUGGACGUGUCAUUUCAUCACUUGUUCAUUGGAUCAAACAUUUGCUCUGACUAACACAUAGCUGUCAUUGGAUCAGUUCAGCUUUGAAUUUUGUUUUCCCAAAUACACACUAAUUAUUACUCUGUAUAUGUCCUUAUUACUGACCUUCACAGACACUUCAACUAAAGCUUUAAGUGCCUACUAUAUUGUUAUAUAAUGUCUUUUUUUUAUGAGUGUGAAAAUACAGUACUGAUUGGCAUGAAGUGGUGGUAUGUUAACAACUUACAGCACUGCACUUCCAUGUUCAUUGCUAUAGAUGAAUCUUGUAAGAAAGUCACAAUAUAUCUAUGUUGUUGUUUUUUUUAUACUAUGCACAUUCAGUUCUUAAAGUUUUCUAGCGGUAAAGUUACGGAAUUUAUAACAACUUUAUUGCAUUUAGCCUCACUGGUUAAUCGUGUGUGAAAGAACUAGCGUUUUAUUUUGAACAGCGUAUAUUUUGACACCUGUACCAUAAAAAAUGACAGUUUAAUUAGGUCUGAAAUGGAAUGUUUGCCAUUUUUAAUGCACAUUGUGCUGAUUGGAUUUCCUAAUCAUACCUCAGCUUCCCUUUUGUAUAUCUGCACCCCCGUUGUUUCCCCAUGCCCUCGACUCUCACUUCCUUUAUCAUCUUGAGUAAAUAGCCAAAAAACUUGGAGCAGUAACAUAUUCCCAUUUGUCUCCUCCAUCUAGUCCUUCCCCCCUUCUUCCUCUUGCCAUUUUUCUUUAUUUCCACUUUUUUGGGGUUGCUCUUUGCACACAAUCCACAUUUGGAUUGCUGCAGGGGUCUCUGCUGUUCACAAACGGUGUCCAAGAUAAACUCGUCUGGGUUGAGAUGAAGUGUGGAAUGGCAGUGUGUGUGUGUGUGUGUGUGUGUGUGUUUGUAAAUGUGUGAUCAGGGUAACUGCAAUGGCAGUUAAUAUUUCAUGGCUCUUUAGCCUGAAUCUGAACUAAUAUGUACAUGGUAUACCUUUUAAUUUGAUAGACCUUAAACUAUCUCUUUGGCCAUUAAAAUACAGUUGAAUGAAUAUUACUUUUUUACUGAAUAGUCAAACUUUUAAACCGAGCCUGAACGCUCACAAUGGCCAAACCGAAUGUGUGUGAGAGGUUGCAGUUUUUAUUUGUUAUAACUGUCAUUAAUUGAUUUUACACAAUAAAUAAGGUUUAAAAAAUAAAAGUUGGCAGCAAUGCUAUGGCUUCUUGUUUACUAGUGUAAAUGAUUUUAAUGGCCUAGGUUUGACUCAUCAUGUGUACAACACUAGGCAUUGUGAAGAAUCAUUUACGAGCUCUUUCUUCUAAUUAUUGAAGGCUGAAAACGGUAACAACGGAUAGUAAAGUACGUCCUGUUUUGUUCUACACUAACGUCUCGACAUAAUAAGAAGCUGUUUGGUUUGCUAAGAAUGAACACGGCUUUACAUGUUUUCAUUCGAAUCUUUAUUACAAACAAAACAAAAGAAAAGAAAGAUGCAUUAUUAACAUGUUCCGUUCGUCCACCUGGAGUCAAAUCACAACAUAGCCACUGAUUUGGAACUGGUUCGGAACCACAGCUUACACAGUGACACAUUUAUUAAUAAAUGAAAUGUUUGGAAAAGGAAGAGAUAAAAAAUAGAAA